UAAAACAGCAUGAAACUUUGUUUUGUAAUGUUAUCACUCUUUGUAAAUCCAUAGCUCUACAAUGGCGUGUAACAGAUGUUAUCUAUUUUGCAAUACAUUUUUCUUCAGUGGCUAAAAUUUAAGUUGAUUAACGCGUUUGGUAGUUUACACGUGCAUUUAUAAGGAAUAAAAAAGUGUUUUUUUUCUGAGAUUAAUAAAUAAACCAUCUGCAAUGACAACAAAUAGUGAAGAGGAACAUGCGACUAAGGUGAAUGCUUCAAAAAGAAAAGAAUGAAGAUUAAAAAAUUACUGCUAAAGUAAUAACUCGUUACGCAAUUUGGUACCAGUACUGGUUUGUUGAAGGAGAUAUAUACAAGAUUGGCUGAAAGAUAAUAUCAUUCGAGCAACUAUAGAUACUAGUUUGACAACUCCUUGUAACAUAAGGACUCUUCCAGCAGACAGAAACUUGGAUACUACUUUAAAAUGUAAUUUAAACACUUUCUUCCGUGUUAAGUUGAGAUUUCAAGUGUUUAAUUGAAAAAAAUGUUGGUAAUAUAUCGCCUACAAUUUUUAAGUAAUUUUGUUUUGAUCAAUGCUUCCGAGGGAUCACAUUUGAUCCAGAUUAAUAUAACGUUUUAGAUGAAGAAUUAGAAUAGUGCUUACCUAAUGAAUAUAAAUGAUAUCGAUAGUGGAUGAAUAUUUCAAGUUAAAACUGAGCUUGAACCAAUUUUCGAUAUUCAGAUAAAAGAGAAAAAGACGUAGUCAGUCAAAUAUAUUGCUUAUCAAAAGUAAAGUAACAUGGCGUAAGUGUGAAAAUAAUUUUAAACCUUGUGUUAAGGAUGGUGCAAAUAGGAAACCCAGACGAACUCCAUUGCCAGAAUAUUUAUGUGGAACAUAAAGUAUUAAAUAUGCAAGUAAACACCCCCUCAAAAAGCAGCAAUAAAAGAACAAAUCCAUCAACAAUGAAGCUGUUUUUUAUCAAUGUUUUAGGAAAUGUUUUAUAACAUUAUUUACAACAAUAAUAAGAUAAUAAAAUUGAUUUAAAGGACUAAGUGCUCUAACAAAAUUGAUAUGAUAAAUUCAAGAAUGACUGGAUGUAGUUAAUGUAUACUUUAUACUUAAUAGUAAUAAGACUUAUAUGUUUGUGUCCAUUUAUCUAUUCAGUCAAUUAAAUUGGAUGGUCAUCACUGAGUUAUAAAGCUUUUGAUCUGAAUUUACAUUACUGAUGCCGUUGUUGACCGAUUAUUGAAAAAGGAAUAAAUGUCUAAAUCGAUUUUAUCGACCAACUAUUGGAGAACGUUGCAAAAGCAACGGACAUCUCCGUAGAAAUGUCAUUUAUCAUUUGUCAAAUCUUGUUCAAGUGUAUUAUAAUAUAUUGGAUUUGUAUACAUGAUAAAUCGCGUCAUUAGGAUUAGCUAUUUUAAUCAGAUAUGCCCGUUAGCAGCGCUCAUCAAUUAACUUAUCAAUUAUGUUUUAUUGAUGGUUAAGUCUCAAGGCAAUGGCUACAUGAAAUGAAAAGCAAUGGAUAAUAUUAUACCAUUUCAGUCGGUACAGAGAAGAUGAACAAAUAAACAGUAUGUUUUAUUAUAUAUGCGAGUGCUGACAAAUAAGAAAGUGCUAAGAGUUAAUACUGACAUUAAAGAUGGUUAGGUUAAUGUUCAUCUAAUGCGUAUGGAAUAAAUUGAUACUAAAUUGAGUCACUCUUUGGACAUUGUCUUUUGUUCGUUUACAUACAAGUGUUUAUCCUCACAGUCGGUACAGCGAGGAGUGACAAAUAAACAAUAUAGUUUAAUUAUAUCUGCGAGUGCUGACAAACAACAAAAAGAGUAAAGUGUUCAUACUGACAUUAAAGAUGAUGAGGUUAAUGUUAUUUCAAUGCGUAUGGAUAAAGUUGAUUCUAAAUUGAGUUACUCUUUGGACAUUAUCUUUUUGUUCAGUGUAAAUUUGAGGUUUACAUACAAGAGCUUAAUCCUUACAGGAAAAUGAUUGUUGCUUGUGGAGUUAUCAUUUUUGUGAGUGCCGCAUCGAGUUUUGCUUGCAAAUACGAAACCAUAACCAUAGGUAUUGUAGCCAAUGGCACAGGAGUAGUUGAAACCGAAAAUCUCUCAAGACAUGGCCAAAACUUUAUUAUUGUCAAGCACUUGGUAGACACAACAGAAUUAUUCAGAAUAUAUAGCGCAGUACAAAGACUGGAUGCAAAUAAAAGUGUAGAUGUGAUAGUUUUGAUAGAUUAUGAUGCAAUCCUUUUGACGAUCCCCACAUAUUUUCAAACGCGGAACAAGAUAUUGAUUAAACUUGGAGCUAGAGACGGACACAACAUGAUUUCAGAUGUGCUGUCCAAUGUACAGCACCCUACCCGUGCUUGCAAUUCUAAUGAUCGCAGAUGCUCCCACGAUUCUUUACCUUCACAAACAUAUUGCUUAACAGAUCUCAACAUAACGAAUAAAAAUAGAGACGAAUUGGUUAUCGCGAAUUCAGUACCUCCAGCAAUUCAAGCAGUUGUAAAACGCUUGCAGUGGAAAAACAUCUUUAUCUUUUACGAGAGCUCGAAAGAGAAGGAGUUAUCAUCUUUGGUCGAUGGACUAUCAAAGGAUGGUGUACUUUUUGCAAUGUACAACGUUGAUCAUGUAAAAGAUGUAUUAAGCGUUUUAAAACCAAUAUACAAAUUAAAAGGAGCAGCGAAAAAAGACAUUCAUGUUGUUAUUGUCUGUGGUGUUGCUAACACGAAACGUGUUCUGAAGGCGGCAAACAAAUUUGACUCUCUUCACAACGAGAAAACAGUGUUAAAAAUGUUCUCAAAAUGGUUGGUUGCACUAUAUGGCUACAGUCGCGCAGCAGCAAAUGAGCUUAAAAACCACGCAAAAGAUCUUGACAAUGUUGCUGUUUUAGCAUUACCCCAAAAAAGAAAAAUAUAUAUACAGAAUGUCUACGAUUGUAUAGACUCUACUACCCUCGAACUACUGAGAGAAGAAUUGGACGGUAGUAUAGAAAUUGGCUGCAAACAGAAGUUUAUCGAGAUGUUUGAAAAGAACGCAUACACCCUAAAUCCAACAAACCAAUGUCGUGGGUACUACAUUGACACAUUGUUAUGGAAAGAAAAGGGAAGACAGUUUAGUUCUGUUGGCUAUGCUGAUAUCAACGGCAAGUUAGCCCUCAAUUCUGAUGUAUUUCCAAACACACGAUUUGGUUACAACAAGAGAUCUUUUAUUGUAUCUACACUUGCGUAUUCGCCUUUCGUUGUAAAGAGGAAAGUAAACAACACGUUUAUCUACGAAGGAUUCUGCAUGGACCUUUUAAAAGAGCUAUCAAACAAACUAAACUUCACGUAUACCAUAACUGAACCUGCCGACAGGAAAUGGGGAAGUGUGAUCAACCGAGAAAAUUUAACAUUUAAUGGCUUGGUCGGGCAACUUCAACGUGAGGAAGUGGAUAUUGUCGCAUCAGCCAUUUCAGUACAAGCGGAAAGAGACCCGGCAAUGGAUUUCAGUUAUCCUUAUUACUAUGGUUACACUACAGUGCUGGUGAAAAAGCCAGAUAUAUAUGCUACUAAAUGGAGGACCUUAGUAGAUCCUUUUAAAUGGGAGGUUCUUCUCACUAUAGGGGCAUCUCUGUUGGUGGUAACAGUCUUGGUGUUUCUGCUCGAAAAAUACAAUCCGUUUUAUACUAUACCACAGCAAGCUGCCUUAAGAGAGGAAAAUGGCGGUCUACAUACAUGGCACAGUUCAUUUUGGUAUGUCUUUGGAGCAUUGCUAUGUCAAGGCGGCCUACAUUUACCAGAAUCAACAGCUGGGCGGACCUUGAUAAGCUGUUGGUGGUUGACAUGUAUUAUAAUAGUAGGGACCUAUUGUGGUAACCUUAUUGCCUUUCUAACUGUUACAAAAGAGAAACCACCCUUUAAUACACUCCAAGACAUGAUUGAGCUCAAGGGCACGUAUAAAUGGGGUACAAUCGGUGGAACGGUGUGGGAGUCGAUGUUUCCGAACUCAAGUAAUCCAACCUUCAGAAAAAUGGGGGAAGCUUUCAUAGAAUUCAACAAAUCCGAUCCGACUAUUUUACACGGAAACCCAGCCUUUCAUGUUCAGAGAGUAAAGAAGGGAAAAUAUGCAUGGAUAGGUGAUAAAACCUAUAUGGAGAUUGCAAUGGCAACCGAGUGCAGUUUGAUGACUAUCAAAGAAGAAUUCAUGCCACUAAUAUACGUGCUAGGUUUUAAGAAUAAUUCUUCCCAUGCUGCUAUAUUCUCGGAACAAAUUAUUAAAAUACACGAAGGAGGAUUGCUUCAAAUCUGGAAACGGAAAUGGUGGCCGAAAUCAAGUUUCUGUUCAGGAAAUUCAAUUACGGAAGCAAAGCCAAUCUCAUUGAUGGAUGUACAAAGUGCAUUUUAUGUGUGUUUUAUCGGAAUUUUCUUUGGAUUAUUUGCAUUUGUGGUUGAAAAGGUAGUUCACAGGUACCGGACACUUUCACCAAGAAUAAAAACGAUUCAAUAAAAUAAAAUAGGAAACAGUUCAAGCUUAAAAAAGGAUUCGAUGAAAAAAUAGAUUGGAAUCAAUAAGGUGGACAUGAUAUCUGAAGUUCCCUUAGACUUAUUUAACUUUCAUUCGGAUAAUGGAGAUCUUUUGUCGCAAGUGUGUUGUGGUUUAUUGCAUCAUAGCACAUCAUUAUACACCAAAAGUCUUAAAAUCAAUACCUUGUGCUAAUUCAAGAAGUACGACUCUGCUGUCACUUAAACAAUGCACUUCACAAAAUACAAACUGUUAUUUUACCCAUUGAAUUAACAUUCAUAUAUAAAAAAGUUUAACGUAGAUAUUUUCUUUUAUAAUCUAUAGCACAAAAGACACCAGUGACCUUAGUGUCCUUAUAGGUUAAGAAUACCCAAGGUUCUUGUAUUAUUUUAGUUUAGUUACAGCAAUACAGAUAAG